CUGUUUUAUCUGCCCUUUCCUCUUCCUGAAAUUCCAAUUUCUCUUCCUUUCCGACAAUAAAACCCCACAAUUUCUCCGCGUUUCUCUCUCUCUCUCUCUCUAAAUUCCCUCUUGCGAUAAUUCAAAUCCAAUGCCAGCUUCUUCUCCUUCAGAUGGUCGAGGACGAUGUAAACGACGGAAGCGAGACCGAAGGCCCAAACAUCUCCAAGAAGAAAACGAUGUUGUUCAUGAAGAUGAUGCAGAAGAAGAAAAUAACAAUGACGAUGAUAUCGAUAAUCACCGGGAUAACAACUCCGGCGAAGAUACCGGUGGAGGAGUUGCGGAUCCGUCUUUGGCGAGGUCCGGAGACAGUGAGGUUUUGGCUGAAGGUGGAGUUCGCGUCUCGGAGUUCCCCGCCGUGGUGAAGCGAACUGUGAACCGUCCUCACGUUUCUGUAAUGGCGAUCGUUGCGGCUGAACGGGCGGGUAUGGUUGGGGAUAGCAAGGCCCACCAGCAGGUGGCUUUGGCGGUUUUGGAGAAUGUUUCUUACGGGCAGUUACAGGCGGUUUCAACUGAAGCUCCCAUUGUUGAACCGGAGAAGUAUGUGAUUACACCUCCUCCAAUAAUGGAAGGGCGUGGCGUUGUUAAGAGGUUUGGGAGUAGGGUUCAUGUCAUGCCAAUGCAUUCAGAGUGGUUUUCACCAUCCACAGUGCAUCGACUAGAAAGACAAGUUGUGCCACAUUUUUUCUCUGGAAAUUCACCCGAACACAUGCCAGAAAAAUAUAUGGAAUGUAGAAACCGCAUUGUUGCCAAGUAUAUGGACAAUCCAGAGAAGAGAAUUACAGUUUCUGAUUGCCAGGGGUUGAUAUACGGAAUCAGUGAUGAGGAUUUAGCUCGAAUUGUUCGGUUUCUUGAUCAUUGGGGAAUUAUUAAUUAUUGUGCAGCUGCACCAUGCCAUGAGCCAUGGAAUGCUGAGUCCUACUUAAGGGAGGAACCAAAUGGUGAGAUUCAUGUGCCAUCAGCUGCAUUAAAGUCUAUUGAUAGCUUGAUCAAAUUCGACAAACCAAAAUGUAGGCUCAAGGCAGCUGAUGUUUAUUCAUCAUUGCCAUGUCGUGAUGAUUUCUAUGACUUGGACAGCAGAAUACGAGAGUGCAUAUAUGAAAACAAUUGCACUUCAUGUUCUCAGCCUGUUCCCACAUCAUAUUAUCAGUCGCAGAAGGAUUUUGAUGCUCUGUUGUGCUCUAAUUGCUUCCAUGAUGGGAGAUUUGUUUCUGGCCAUUCAAGUAUAGAUUUUGCUAGGGUAGAUUCAACAAAAGAUUACUGGGACCUAGAUGGAGAUAGUUGGACUGAUCAGGAAACAUUACUGUUGCUUGAGGCAAUGGAAAUUUACAAUGAGAACUGGAAUGAAAUAGCAGAGCAUGUCGGCACUAAGUCUAAAGCACAAUGCAUACUUCAUUUUCUACGUCUACCCAUGGAGGAUGGCCUGUUGGAAAAUUUGGAAGUUCCAAGCAUGCCCAAGUCAACCAUUGUUUCAAAUGGAGACAGCCAAAGAUUGCACUCAAACAUGAAUGGGAGUCUACCAGGACCCAGCCUUCAAGAUGCAGAUUCUGAAAGCAAGUUUCCUUUUGCUAAUUUUGGGAAUCCAGUUAUGGCUAUGGUUGCAUUUUUGGCGUCUGCUGUUGGACCAAGAGUUGCUGCUGCUUGUGCCCAUGCAUCCUUGGCAGCAUUGGCUGAAGAUGAACAUAAGGAAGGUUCUGGACAUGGUAAUAGGAUGAAAACGGAGAGUGUACAUGGUGGAGAAGGUAGUUUUCAUGGUUCCAUUCAUCAAAAAGAGAACUCAGAAAUACAAGGUUCAUUUGGUCAAAACAAGGCCGAGGUUCAUUCACUAUCUGCUGAAAAAGUUAAAGCUGCUGCCAAAUCUGGCUUAGCAGCUGCAGCUAUGAAGGCAAAACUUUUUGCAGAUCAUGAGGAACGAGAAAUUCAAAGGUUAUCAGCUAAUAUCAUUAAUAAUCAGUUGAAGAGAUUAGAGCUGAAGCUGAAGCAGUUUGAGGAAGUCGAAACGUUACUCAUGAAAGAAUGUGAACAAGUGGAGAAAACGAGGCAAAGGUUUGCUGAGAGGGUUCGCUUUAUAUCGGCCCAAUUUGGACCUGCUGGAGUCACUUCACAAAUGAGUCUACCUGGGAUUUCUUCUCCCAUGGUUAACAAUAACAUCAACAACAGGCAACAGGUAAUAUCAGCCUCACCUUCCCCAUCGAGCAUUGCCGGAUAUGCCACCAACCAACCAUUACAUCCUCAGAUGCCAUUCAUGCAACGCCAACCAAUGUUUCCGAUGGAUCCGUGGAUGCCCCUUACAGCCAUGCAAGCAUCCACGUCAACUCCUCCAAAUGUCAUGUUCAACUCCCCAGUGAAUGUGCAACCCGCUCAUAACAAUCCACUUAUGAGGUCGGUUUCGGGGACUGGGUCGGUCUAGGUUGAAUUGGAAGCCUCAAAUAAAUUUUGGAUUUUUUUGGGUGAAUUCCCUCGUUGUUCAUUUUCUGCAUUUGUAAGACGACCAGUAGUCUGGACAAGCAUCUUCAGACUUCAGCUUGGAAGUAUAGUAACCUGAAGCGAUUUAGGGUUUGAAACAUUAUACAAUUGAUGUAGUUGCCUGGUUUAAUU